GCCGAUGUAACGCUUGGCUGUGUCUUUCUCAACUGCCACAUUCAUCGCAUUUUCGAGGUUGCAUACCACGCGCUGUCGGUUGGCUCAGCGAAACCUCUUUGGGGUCCAAAACUUGUGCGCAGUUGGUUGUACUUGGGUAGAGACGAGGCAAAAAGGAAUAUGCAAGGAAAUCAUGAUUCCUUUGAAAAAAAAUUGAAAUCUGGGGAGAGCUUACGUCCUCUUAUAAUAUCUGAGAAUUGGGUAUCAAACAUUAAAAGUGAUGAUGCCCAAAGUUGUCAUACUCGUACAUAA